AUGUGGCAACCAAUCAGUGGACAGAUUCAAGACAAUGGCGGCGUACAAGUGUCAGACAACCAAGAAGGCGGUGGGGUACAAGUGUCAGACAACUUCGGUGGCGACGGCGGCGUACAAGUGUCAGACAACUUCGGUGGUGACGGCGGCGUACAAGUGUCAGACAACUUCGGUGGCGACGGCGGGGUACAAGUGUCAGACAACUUUGAUGACGGAGGCGGCGUAAAUGUGGCACACAACUAA